AUGUUCAAUAUAAACAGCGAUUGUAUCAAUAAUCAAUCUGAUAAUAGAAAACAAGAACAACAAGUUCGUCUAUCGAGUCAUUCAUUGUCAUCAAUCGAUGGUAAUAAUCGGUCUUCUCCGCCGCUGACAACAACGAGAACUUCAUCGACAUCAUCUCAUGAUGAUACUCAUUCAUCGACACCAUCGAAUAAAUUACUUAUUUCUUCAUCAUCACCAUUAUCAAUAAGUAAACCAAAACGUCAUCGAACACGUUUUACACCUGCUCAACUCAAUGAACUGGAAAGAUCAUUUAAUAAAACACAUUAUCCAGAUAUUUUUAUGAGAGAAGAAUUAGCUGUACGAAUCAGUUUAACUGAAUCUCGAGUACAGGUUUGGUUUCAAAAUCGUCGUGCAAAAUGGAAAAAAAGAAAGAAAACCACAAAUGUUUUUCGCCAACAUCAUCAAAGCUUACAUCCUCAAUCAUUAAAUCCAUAUGGAUGUUUAAUAAAUUCAUCAAUCGAUGGACAAACGUCACUAUCGCAAAGUGACCAUCAUUAUGUAAAAUGGCCUAUGAAUAAUAAUAAUUGCAGUCAAUUUUCAUUUUCAUCAUCAAACUUUACUUCGAUCGAUCAAUCAUUAACUCCACAUUUUUAUUCAUCAAGUGCAAUGGUUGAUUAUGCUAGUCUACCACCACCACCACCACCAUCAUCAUCAUCGGCACCUACAACUUCACUUUUUUCAACUGGAUUACCAUCAAUAAUCAAUAUUGAUCCACUUAAUCCAUGUUCAUCAGGAUCAUCCUAUAAUUUAUCAUUUCCUACAUCAGCGACAACAUUCACUAGUGAUGUUUUAAUCAAUGAUAAUGAUGAUAUUUGGCGUGGUUCCAGUAUUGCUUCUCUACGACGAAAAGCUGUCGAAUAUCAAGCCGGAAACAAUGACACUUAUAAAUAA